AACACCGGAAACACAGAAGCACUCGGGAGAGGCAUCGAACUGGACCGGGACACUGGAGAACAGAAGAAAAACACAAGAGGGACCAUGACAGAAACCAUCAAAACUCAUGUCAUCCUGCUGUCCUGCGGCAGCUUUAACCCCAUCACCAAGGGACACAUCCAUAUGUUCGAAAAAGCCAGAGACUAUCUGCACAAAACAGGGCGGUUCAUUGUGAUCGGAGGGAUCAUCUCACCGGUGCACGACUCCUACGGAAAACCUGGUCUGGUGUCCAGCAGACAUCGGCUCACCAUGUGUCAACUCGCUGUCCAGUCCUCCGACUGGAUCAGGGUGGACCCCUGGGAGUGUUACCAGGACACCUGGCAGACAACCUGCAGCGUGCUGGAGCAUCACCGUGACCUGAUGAAGAGAGUUACCGGCUGCAUCCUGUCCAACGUCAGUACGCCAUCAACGACUCCUGUGAUCGGUCAGCCACAGAAUCAGACUCCACCCAUCUACCAGAACCACAACAACAUGAAUCACAAGCCCAACGCCAUCAAACUGUGGGGGAAGCUCAGUGAGAGUUUGGGGAAAAUCUGCUGUGUCCGUCCGCACAUUGAGCGCUUCACCUUUGUAGAUGAAAACGCUAACCUGGGCACUGCAGUGAGAUACGAGGAGAUCGAGUUACGCAUCUUGCUCCUGUGUGGCAGUGACCUCCUGGAGUCCUUCUGCAUCCCUGGCCUGUGGAAGGACAGUGAUAUGGAGGUAAUAGUGGGGGAUUUCGGGAUCGUUGUGGUUCCCCGUGACGGAGCCGACACAGAGAGAAUCAUGAAUCACUCCUCUAUUCUCCGCAAGUACACGGACAACAUCAUCGUGGUGAAAGAUGCCACAAACCACCCGAUGGCCAUCGUCAGCUCAACCAAGAGCAGACUGGCCCUGCAGCACGGUGACAGCCAUGUUGUGGACUACCUGAGUCAGCCCGUCAUCGACUACAUCCUGCAGAGUCAGCUGUACAUCACCGCCUCAGGAUAAAGACUGCAACCUGCCGGCAUGACAACAGGGAGAGUGGAUGGAGUGGGGGGCGGGGGGUCAACCUACCUACAACCAUCAUCAUCUAUAGUAGUAUAACACCCCCCCACCACCACCAAAAAAAAUAAAAUGUCCUUGUCUGCCUUCUGUGUCAAACAUAUACUCUUCUUUGAGCUGUCGCUUUCCAGCAGGAGCAUUAGUGUCCCCCCUUCUGUCUGUGUCAUGUGACUUUACCAUCUGGGGGGAUGAGAUGGGGGUGUUGUAGCAGAGGUAUGGAAGUAAUUGAUAAGGGCUGCAGAGGUGUCACUGAUGUAUUAUUUACUGCAGUGGUGACAGCAGUGUUUUCACCCUCUCUUUGUUUCUGUCUUUAUUAAUGUUCAGGGAUGCAUGACACAUCUGAGCAUGCUCAGUGUAACAAUGGCAGGUGGAAUUAUGGGGACAAAACUCUCUUGUGUGUCAGGGUCAAUGGGCUUCAUGCAAGAACAGUUGAAAUGUACAGAUUCAUCCUUAAGUAGCAUCUGAUCCCAGAGAACCUGUUGAGUUCAUCACAAGUUUAAUUAAAUUCCUAAGUAGCCCGGGCCUAUUGUACAGGUAGAAAAAUAUUUGUUUGACUUAAGAAUCAUGAUGUGCUACAUCAUUAGAUAUGUUCCCAGAGUUAAAGUGAAACCAGAUACAGUGGAAUCUGUUUAGGUUUGAUUUGAUCACUUGUUUUGUCAUAUAACAAAUACUAAAAAGACUAAAUUCAAAGUUUUAUUUACUGUACUUGUGCAGCUUCACAGUGAGCCUCAGUUCAUUGUUGGACCACAACUCUUCUGUUCUGGUUCACUGUCCCCACUCUGAUAACGCGGCUCUGGGCCGCAGCAGGAAGCAGCUGCUCUAAACAGUUGCUGUCCACGACAGUCAGAGGCCAGCUGGGGAACAGCAGUUCAGAGACAGAGAGGAGGUGGAGACCAAACAAAGAGCUAACAGAGAGGGCACACUGAGCUGAGGCUCAUCAGAAGACACAGACACGCUGCACAUGGAGGAUAAGAAAUAAGAGUAAGAAACUGUUUGAUCACAAGUUUAACAUAAGUAUAAAUGUGAUGUCACUGUUGCGUUUCUGCUGACAUCAAGUGUCUCAAAACCAGUUACUGCAGAUUUAAAAUAUUUUUUAAAUCAUCUUCUUCUGAGGGGACGGCACAGUGGUCAGCACUGUCACCUCACAGCAAGAAGGUUCUGGGUUCGAGCCCCAGCUGACCCGGGGCCUUUCUGUGUGGAGUCU